UCAGAACCCGCUCUUAAAAGCAAAAUACUAGACUCUCACUUGACCCUGGGAAGAAGCUCCGGCAACAGGUAUACUAAAACAACUUGGCGGAAGAAUCGGAAGUGAGAUUGAGGGUGCCAUCUCUCCUGCGACAGUGAAAAUGGAUAACAUAGUAAGGGAAUCGUCUACUGACAUGGAGGCAGCUACGUGUUUCUCUGAUGAAGACAAAAAUCCUUUCAUCAUCACUAGAACUAAGGACGCUACCAUCGAACGGCUCAGGCGUUGGAGACUUGGCGAAAGAAUCGGAAGUGAGAUUGAGGGUGCCAUCUCUCCUGCGACAGUGAAAAUGGAUAACAUAGUAAGGGAAUCGUCUACUGACAUGGAGGCAGGUACGUGUGUCUCUGAUGACGACAAAAAUCCUUUCAUCAUCACUAGAACUAAGGACACUACCAUCGAACGGCUCAGGCGUUGGAGACUUGGCGAAAGAAUCGGAAGUGAGAUUGAGGGUGCCAUCUCUCCUGCGACAGUGAAAAUGGAUAACAUAGUAAGGGAAUCGUCUACUGACAUGGAGGCAGGUACGUGUGUCUCUGAUGACGACAAAAAUCCUUUCAUCAUCACUAGAACUAAGGACACUACCAUCGAACGGCUCAGGCGUUGGAGACAAGAAGCCCUUGUGUUAAAUCCCUCUCGUCGAUUCCGGUACACAUUGGAUCUUAAGAAGGAAGAGGAGAAGAAAGAAUCAUUGAGGAAAAUUAGAGCACAUGUGGAACGCUUACGAGAUAAAAUUCGCUUCCAGGAAGGUAUUCCACAAGGCACUGGUGAAUCACCACAAUUUUCUUUAGUUCCGAAUGGUGAUUUUCCAAUUGGGCAAGAACAACUUACUUCAUUGACAAGGGAUCAUAAUAUUUCGGCCCUACGACAAUGCGGGGGGGUUAAAGGGCUAUCUGAUUUGUUAAAAACAAAUUUAGAGAAGGGGAUUAAUGGUGAUGAUGCAGACUUGCUGAAACGAAGGAAUGUAUUUGGAUCAAACACUUAUCCUAAGAAAAAGGGAAGAAGUUUUUGGAUGUUCCUCUGGGAUGCAUGGCAAGAUCUGACUUUGAUCAUAUUGAUGGUAGCUGCGGUGGCUUCUUUGGCACUUGGCAUAAAGACAGAGGGUAUUAAGGAAGGAUGGUGUGAUGGAGCGAGCAUUGCCUUUGCAGUUAUUCUAAUUAUUGCUGUGACAGCUAUAAGUGAUUAUCGACAAUCUCUUCAAUUCCAAAACCUUAAUGAGGAGAAGCGAAACAUACAUAUGGAGGUCAUUAGAGGCGGUAGAAGAAUAGAAGCCUCAAUAUAUGAUAUCGUUGUUGGUGAUGUUGUGCCCCUCAACAUUGGUGAUCAAGUCCCCGCUGAUGGAAUUGUAAUUUCUGCUCACUCGUUUUACAUUGAUGAAUCUAGCAUGACUGGAGAGAGCAAGAUUGUUCACAAGGACUCAAAGGAUCCAUUUCUGAUGUCUGGCUGCAAGGUUGCAGAUGGCAAUGGUGUCAUGCUUGUAACCAGUGUUGGGACUAAUACUGAAUGGGGAGUGCUCAUGGCUAGCAUUUCAGAGGACACUGGUGAAGAAACACCUCUGCAGGUACGCCUAAAUGGGGUUGCAACUUUUAUUGGGAUUGUUGGGCUCACAGUGGCCUUCAUAGUCUUUUUUGUCCUUUUAGCUAGAUACUUUUCUGGCCAUACCAAAAAUGAAGGUGGAAUCACUCAGUUUAUAACAGGAAGGACCCGUGUUGGUGAUGCUGUAGAUGUAGCCAUUAUAAUUUUGACUAUUGGCGUGGCUAUUGUUAUAGUUGCAGUUCCUGAAGAGCUUCCCCUGGCUGUUACCUUAACACUUGCCUAUUCAAUGAGGAAAAUGAUGGCAGACAAAGCACUGGUGAGAAGGCUUUCUGCCUGUGAGACAAUGGGCUCAGCCACAACUAUUUGCAGUGAUAAGACCGGAACUCUAACUUUGAAUGAGAUGACAGUUGUUGAAGCUUAUGUUGGUGAGAAGAAAAUCGAUUCUCUGGAUGGCAAUCAGUUGCCUCCUAUGCUGACCUCAUUACUUAUUGAAGGCAUUGCACAAAAUACAACUGGCAGUAUCUAUGUGCCUGCACAGGGUGAUGCAGAUGUAGAGGUUUCUGGAUCACCAACAGAAAGGGCAAUUCUUUAUUGGGGAAUUAAGCUUGGGAUGAACUUUGAAGCUGUUAGAUCUGAGUCUUCUGUUAUUCAAGUUUUCCCAUUCAACUCUCAGAGAAAACGGAGUGGAGUUGCUUUGCAAUUGCCUAAUUCUGAAGUUCACAUACACUGGAAAGGAGCUGCUGAAAUAGUUUUGGCGUCGUGCACUCAGUACAUUGACUCAAAUGAUUGUUUGGUAGCCAUGGAUGAAGAAAAGGUGAACUUUUUUAAGAAUGCUAUUGAAGAUAUGGCUUCUCGUAGUUUACGUUGUGUUGCAAUUGCAUAUACAAAAUAUUAUAGGCAAAGUGUUCCAGUGGAUGAGGAGCAACUUUCUCAGUGGGUAUUGCCGGAAGAUGACCUUGUUUUGCUGGCUAUUGUGGGUUUAAAGGAUCCAUGUCGUCCCAAUGUCAAAGAUGCAGUACAACUAUGCCAGAUUGCUGGUGUAAAGGUGCGCAUGGUGACAGGUGAUAAUAUUAAAACUGCAAGAGCAAUUGCUUUGGAAUGUGGAAUGUUAACUUCAGAGAUGGAUGCUACUGAACCUAAUAUUAUUGAGGGAAAAAAUUUUCGUGCCUUGUCAGUUGCACAAAGAGAAGAAAUUGCUGAGAAGAUUUCAGUAAUGGGACGUUCUUCUCCCAGUGAUAAACUACUACUUGUGCAAGCAUUGAGAAAGAGGGGACAUGUUGUUGCUGUAACUGGAGAUGGUACUAAUGAUGCUCCUGCACUACAUGAGGCAGAUAUCGGUCUUGCAAUGGGUAUUCAAGGGACAGAAGUCGCCAAGGAGGGCUCAGAUAUCAUUAUCUUGGACGAUAAUUUUGCUUCAGUUGUAAAGGUCGUGAGAUGGGGCCGGUCAGUCUAUGCAAAUAUCCGGAAAUUCAUGCAGUUUCAACAUACUGUUAAUGUCGCAGCUCUUAUUAUUAAUUUCGUGGCUGCAGUUUCCUCAGGUGAUGUUCCCCUAAAUGCAGUACAGCUUCUUUGGAUUAACCUUAUCAUGGAUACACUUGGAGUCCUAGCAUUGGCUACUGAACCACCAACAGAUCACCUGAUGCAAAGGCCCCCAAUUCGUCGAAGUGAACCACUUAUAACUAACAUAAUGUGGAGGAACCUUAUAAUACAGGCUAUCUAUCAAUUGAGCGUUCUGCUCCUAUUAAACUUUGAAGGAAAGAAUUUACUUAAUUUGGAGGAGGAUGAUCGGAACCAUGCUAACAAAGUAAAAAAUACACUGAUUUUCAAUUCUUUUGUCCUUUGUCAGAUCUUUAAUGAAUUUAAUGCUCGAAAGCCAGAUGAAAAGAAUAUUUUCAGAGGUAUUACUAAAAACCAUAUUUUCAUGGGUAUAGUGACACUAACCAUCGUACUUCAGAUAAUCAUCAUUGAGUUUCUUGGGAAGUUUGCUAAAACUGUCAAGCUCAACUGGAAACAGUGGGUCAUCUCAGUUGUUAUUGGUCUUAUCAGUUGGCCCCUUGCCUUUAUUGGGAAAUUUAUUCCUGUACCAGAUACUCCGAUCAGUAACUUGUUCAAAAGAAGACGUCUACAAAGAAAUUCUCAAUUAAUCAACUAAAAGUGAAUAUACUAGCCUUGCUGAAACCUAUCUCACUCGGCACACCGGUUCAACUUAAAUUUUACGAGUUUCAACCCAUACAAAAGCAUUGUAAUUAGUUUGUUUUUGGUUUACUGAGCUUGUUUACAUAUUCUAACAAGGAUGGUUAUUCUGAUGGGUACUUUACUGACAUUAAGGAAAAAGAAACUGUAGUUCAGGGAAAUACAUCAUGUGGAAAUCACACCGAGCACAACAUAUAUACAAGAGAAAUUGAUUGCUUUAUGUACAA